AUGGACUACCUGCCCUCCUUAUCCUUCCUGCUCACUGCAGAGUCUAAAAAGUCAAGGUGGCCAUUUGCCAAAAGAGGAGGUAAAGACAAACAGAAGCAAGCAUCUGAUCUGGAAAAUUGUCUUUCAACUGUUAAGAUUAUAGACUGCUGUGCAUAUGAAUUUUUCUGCUUUAAGAAAGAUGCCAACAGCCAGUUAGAAGUUAAAAAAGAAGCAGCAGUGUGGGAAUUUUGAACAAGUGAAUGCACUUACUUUCUGGAUCAUUUGUUGAUUCUCAAGACGAUAUUUAUGAACAUUCUAAAAUACCUCUAGAGUAAUGAAUUUCUCUUGGAUGUGGAUUUGUGGAGACUUAUCGCAAACCCAGAGGAGUUAAACAAGUGGUGUGAACAAAAUGAACAGUGCAAGAGGUUGCAUCCGCCAGAGCUGCUGGUUGCUCCUCUGCAUCGGCUGAUGUGGUAUCCCCUYCUCCUCAACAACAUCUGGAAGAGAAGCACCGAUGAAACAGAGAAACGUUUUAUCCAGUCACUUAAAGAGAAGGUGGAAAAGUCUUUAAGGGAUCUGGAAGGUAAAGUCAAGUGGUUGGACAAUUUUCAGAACUUCAGGCAGCUGCAAGAGGUCAUAAUUUGGCCUCAAGUCUGGGAUCAUGACAAAAGGUUCUUUGUCCCAGAGUGUUUGAAGCAAAGCUUAAAAGAAAACAACAGUGAAAACAUUUUGUGUUCAGCAAACAGACUUCUCCUUCAUGAAGGGAGGCUGAUGCUAGCAGAAAGCACAAGACUCCUUGAUGUCUACCUCUUCUUAUUUGAUGAUUUCCUACUAAUUACCAAAAUUAAAUGCAACAAAAAGAAAUAUGGAGGCUCAGACAUCAGYGUAAUCCCUGUUUGUCCUUCUCUCACUCCUGAGCUGCAGUCCUUCACAAGAGAGGGUGGAUUUUGCACAGUCCUAGACCAGCCCAUCCCACUAGAUAGACUCAUACUGAAAAAUGUUAAACCCAUCCACAUUACAGUCUUCAGCCUGCGAAAUGCUUUUCUAAUACAGCAUGAGAAGAGGUAUCGGCAGUGCAUAGCAGUCUUCUUGAUACAAUUCUUUUUCUAA